GCGCCGCGGGACCCCGAGCCUGCCCCGCCGAGCAGCGCCCGCCGCGCCUUCGGGCGCCCAGCACGCCGAUGGGGCCGCAGCGGCCGCCGCUCUGCGCCGCGGCCGCCCUGCUCUGGGGCGUCCUGCUCCGGCUGACAGCUGCUCAGGAAGCAAUCCUGCACGCGUCUGGAAUUGGCACACCUUCACCAUCUAAGGACUACUGCAUGUUCUAUAACCCUCAUUGGACAGCUCUGCCAAGAACCCUAGAAAAUGCAACUUCCUUUAGUUUGAAGAAUCUGACUUCCACACCACUGUGCGACAUUUCUGAUAUUCCUCCUGAUGGAAUAAAGAACAAAGCAGUUGUGGUUCAGUGGGGAACCUGCCAUUUUCUUGAAAAAGCCAGAAUUGCAGAAACCGGAGGUGCUGAAGCAUUGUUGGUUGCCAAUAACAGUGUCGUAUUUGCUCCCUCAGGGAACAGAUCUGAAUUUCAUGAUGUGAAAAUACUGAUUGCAUUUAUAAACAACAAAGACUUUAAAGAUAUGAAGCAGACUCUUGGAGAUAACAUUACUGUGAAAAUGUAUUCCCCGUCAUGGUCUAACUUUGACUAUACUAUGGUGGUUAUUUUUGUAAUUUCUGUGUUCACUGUGGCAUUAGGAGGAUACUGGAGUGGACUACUUGAAUUGGAAAGCAUGAAGGCAAUGGCAGACACUGAAGACAGAGAAAUGAGGAGAAAGAAGGACGAAUAUUUAACUUUCAGUCCUCUAACAGUUGUAAUAUUUGUGGCCAUCUGCUGUGUUAUGAUGGUCUUACUUUAUUUCUUCUACAAAUGGUUGGUUUAUGUUAUGAUAGCAAUUUUCUGCAUAGCAUCAGCAAUGAGUCUAUACAACUGUCUUGCUGCACUAAUUCGUAAGAUUCCAUAUGGACAAUGCACGUUUGUGUGUCGUGGCAAAAGCAUUGAAGUGAGACUUAUUUUUCUCUCUGGACUGUGCAUAGCAAUAGCUGCUGUUUGGGCCGUGUUUAGAAAUGAAGAUAGGUGGGCUUGGAUUUUACAGGAUAUCCUGGGAAUUGCUUUCUGCCUGAAUUUAAUUAAAACACUGAAGUUACCCAACUUCAAGUCAUGUGUGAUACUUCUAGGCCUUCUCCUCCUCUAUGAUGUGUUUUUUGUUUUCAUAACACCAUUCAUCACAAAGAACGGCGAGAGUAUCAUGGUUGAACUUGCAGCUGGACCUUUUGGAAAUAAUGAAAAGAAUGAUGGAAACUUGGUGGAAGCCACUGCUCAACCCUCAGCUCCCCAUGAGAAAUUACCAGUAGUCAUCAAAGUACCAAAGCUGGCAUAUUUCUCAGUAAUGAGUGUAUGCCCCAUGCCAGUUUCCAUAUUGGGUUUUGGAGACAUUAUUGUACCAGGCCUGUUGAUUGCAUACUGUAGAAGAUUUGAUGAGCAGACUGGUUCUUCCUCUUCUAUAUACUAUGUCUCAUCCACAAUUGCCUAUGCUGUUGGCAUGAUAAUUACCUUUGUUGUUCUGGUGCUGAUGAAAAAGGGGCAGCCUGCUCUCCUCUAUUUAGUACCGUGCACACUUAUUACUGCCUCAAUUGUUGCUUGGAGACGUAAAGAAAUGAAAAAGUUCUGGAAAGGUAGCAGCUAUCAGAUGAUGGACCAGCCGGACUACGCAACAAGUGAAGAAACCCCUGUGGCUGCUGGUGAACAGAUUAUCCAACAGUAAUAUUAUGUGGACCUGCCAUAAUGUUUCAGUUGAUUUUCUGCAAAAGAGUUUUGCUUUUAGAAUUGACAAUCUGAAAGAAUCUUCAAUGAUAUGCUUGCAAAUAUACAUUUUUAAGAGCUGGUACUGUCAACUAUGUCAUAAGUAAUUCAAAUACAUUUGCUUUUAACUAUGUUAAAGUUGUGCCUUCACAUUAAAUAAAAGGAUAUGGUCUGUAUAACUUUCAAAAUGUAUUAUAUACAGUAUAUUUUUCUAAAAAAAAAAGGUCUUUAUCCAUCCCUGUAUUUUUCUUACUGAAAUCUAUUUCUUUUCAACUCUAAUGAUAGGUAAAAGUAUUUCUGCCCAAGUGAGUUUCUGAACAGAUUUUACUGAAAAGAAUUAUGAAAAUUUUGUGCUCUCUAGAAAUUUGAUUAAGAUCAUGCAAGAAGGAAGUUCCAUAAUGAAAUUCCAGAAACUGCAGAAGUUAAAAAUAUAUAAUCUGGGAAUAUGUUUAUAGCAUAAGUUUUUUUAAAAAUCCAUUCCUUUUUUAAACUUGAGAACCUGAAUUGCUUCAAAUUGCUAUGUUUUAUAUUACAAUAUUUUUCCCAGUAUAGGGAAACAGAAUAUAUAGAACUAGUCAUUAAAAGAAUACAAAAACUGACAUCCACAGUUUUCAGUGGUCUGCUAUUUCCUUGAAGGUAUAGCUUAAAUUUCUAUAGUAACACUCAGUUUCACUAUGGUAUUUCUGAUCUCUGAAGUUUGGGCCUGUUGAUGUUCAGGCUUAGUAUUUUGUAUAAAAUUAUGUAUUAAUACAUAUGGCUCACCGUUUGAGUGUAAUAUCCCUA